AUGUGGCCAUGGGAGCCAGAGCUCGGGGUGCUGCUGUCGUUGGGGACCGGGAUUGGUGUAUCCUCCUCGGCAGGCGGCACGGCGCCACCGUCGCGAGAUAGUCAGGAUGCGGGGUGCGGUGGCGACGGGUCGUCGGCGAGACGGGCGAAGGAUAAAUUCCCCUUUCGCCUGUUCCGCCGUCUCAUGUCCUCCAUGGACGGCGGAGCCGCAUGGCUAGCGCUGAUGAGCCAACUCAACAAGGAAACGCGGGAAUACUGA